UUUCUGUUCAGUUUCCGAGAAUCAUCACCAGACCAGAGAAUCUGAGAAAGGGAAAAGAAAAAAAUAACAAAAAGGAAAGGUGAGAUCAGAUCUGAAAGAAGAAGAAAGGGAGGGGAAGCAGAUAACAUGUCUGCGAUUGUUUGCGGCAGCAAGAGAUCUCUUUUCGACGAUUUGUCCGCCGCUUCUUCUUCGCCUCCCGUCUCCAAGAAACUCCGUCGCUUUUCAUCUUCUUCUCCGCCUCGUUUCUCCUCCUCAUCCCUCCUCCUCCUCCAUCACCUCGCGGCCCUUUUCCCCGACAUGGAUAAUCAAAUUCUUGAGCGGGCGAUCGAGGAAUGUGGUGACGAUCUCGAUUCUGCGAUUAGAUCUUUGAACCAGCUUCGUUUAGAAUCGACCAAUAAGGAUUCAGAAGAAGCAGGAGGAGGAGGAUCGUCAGAGAAAGAGGAAGUCUUGAACUUGGAUGGUAACGAGUGGGUUGAGCUCUUCGUGAGGGAGAUGGCGAAUGCUUCAGACAUGAAAGACGCUAAAGACCGUGCUUCGAGAGCAUUACAAGCGUUGGAGAAGUCCAUCAACGCACGUGCACGUGCAGGUGCCGACGCGGCCACGCAGAGCAGUCUACAGCAGGAGAACUCGAUGCUGAGGCAGCAGUUGGAAGCUAUAGUCCAGGAGAACGGUUUGCUUAAACGAGCCGUGGUGACGCAGCAGAAGCGGCAGAGGGAAACCGAAGAUCAAAGCCAGGAGUUGCAGCGUUUGAGGCAGAUGGUUAGUCAGUACCAGGAGCAGCUGAGGACUCUCGAGGUGAAUAAUUAUGCUCUGACGCUUCAUCUUAAACAAGCGCAGCAGAACAGUAGUUCGAUCCCGGGUCGGUACCAUCCAGACGUGUUCUAAUGUUGCUUUGUUAGUCAGAGUCAGAGGAGUGUGCUCAGACGUAUAUCUAAUUUCAUUUCCAAGGGUUUGUUGUAUGUUUCUGAUUCUCCGUUGUGACUAUGUUUAUUGUUAUAUGAAUUCUGGAAUGAUUGGUUA